ACCAUUCAGCUACAGCUCAAAAAGGUAGAGCUUCAGUUUACUCAUCUGUUUUACAGUGAGGAUCAAAGAGUCAGGCAGAAUAAACAACAACAACAGUAAUCAUAGAAUGGCUAACCAGUAGGAGGCAGUGGAAGUCUGGUGAUCCACACAGAUCCAGAUAAGUGCUGUUAGAAAUGUCCAGGGUUUUAAUUUGUACACAUGGUUUUAAAAUGAGCUUGCUGUGCUCUAAGAUCAGUAGGAAGAUUUUAUUGAGAAAACUUCCUGGAGCAUGUCAUAAUUUUCAUCUUCAGUUUCAUCACUGUUUUAUCAGAAGUGUUGUAGAAGGUUUGAUGUUCUAAUAGGAGGGUGCUGUGGUGUAAGGAUGCUGUAAUGGUUCUUCUAAUAGAUCUUCUAAUGGGUUUCUCUAGAUAGAUCUUCUAAAGAUGGAUGUUCUGAUAGGAGGGUGCUGUGAUGGGAGGAUGCGCUAAUGGUGGAUAUUCUAAUGAUUGAAUGUUGUGGUGGGAGGGUGUUCUGAUGGCUUGAUGUUCUGAUGGGAAGGUGUAGACAUAUGGAUGUUUGCAUGUAGAUGGUGGAUGUUCUGAUGGUUGGAUGUAGAUGGGUGAAUGUUUUGAUGGGUGAGUGUAAAUGGGUGGAUGUUAUGAUGGGAGGUUCUGAUGGUUGGAUGUAGAUUAUGUAUGUUUUGAUAGGAGGGUGUAGAUGGUGGAUGUUCUGAUAUGUGGAUGUAGAUUAUUGAAUGUUGUGAUGGUUGUAUAUGGAUGGUGGACGAUUUGAUGGGUGUAUUUUGAUGGUGGAUGUUCUGAUGGUUGAAUGAAGAUUAUUGGAUGUUCUGAUGGUUGUAUAUAGAUGGUGGAUGAUCUGAUGGUUGGAUGUAGAUGGGUAGAUGUUCUGAUGUGAUGAUUGAACGUAGAAGUUAGGUAGGUGAAUGAUCUAAAAGGAGGACAUUUAUGGGCAGAUAUUUUGAAGGUGGAUGUUGAUGUGGAAAUCAGUGAUGACAAUGUGACUCUUGCUCUGUCAGAAGGAGAGGAAGUUGAUCCGUGGGGCCGGGUUGUCUCAGAGGGAGCUCUCUGCCAUUGUUCACAAAUCUUUCAUCUUUCGAUUGUACAAGCACAUACAUCCUCUCUCUCUUACACACACACACACACACAUAAACAACCACUCACACAGGAGGACGUUACUGCUGCUGCUGCUGCUAGUGAAGAAUGCUGUGUACAUUUAUCUUACUCUUCUGUUUCUCUGCUGAUCUCUUUGACUUUGGAUUGGCCGAUCCCCCUGGCUCUCCCCCUGCUCCAGUGCUGAUCCAGGAUCAGAACAGAGGUUCUUCCUUGGUGUUGCGGUGCCAGACCCCACAGGGUCACAAGGGUCGACUCUUCAAGUUGUACAAGACACAGGAGCUGGUAGACACGGUGCAGUUGGACGCAGAGCAAACACAGGCUGAGUUUCAGCUGCAGGAUGGCACCAUGGAGCAGGAAACCUACUAUUGCUGCCAAUACGACAACAGCAUGAUCAGUCCAUACACCACCGUUAGAGCCCCUCCACCAGGCCCUAUCAGGCCCCUUACUCCUCCUCAACUCUUAGUUACGCCUUCUGAUGGCCGUGCCAUACCUGGUCAAAUGAUGCACUUCCACUGCCAGGUUCCCCCCACCUCUCUAGUCCAAAAUCCACUGACAUUUGUCCUGCGGAGGCGACCGUGGGGGGCCCAUAUAGAUCAGGAGGUUGGCCGUUCCUCUAGCCCCCACUUUAAAGUGGGUCCAGUGAGCCAGAAGGAGGGGGGCACCUACACCUGCCUGUACCAACGCACCAUGUCAGAAAGGAUUCAAAACUCUGAUUCCAGCUCAGCUGUGGCCGUCAAUAUCGCAGCACAUCUUCCUCCUCCUCAGCUAUCUCAUGACGGUGAAGGAAUGUUAGUUUGCACAGGUUCACCUUCAUACCCCGGUGCACACUUCUCCCUGUACCGCCAGGGGGCAGAUGAUCCUUCAGCAAGGAGGCACGCCCCGAUGGUCAAGCACAGUGCACAAUUUAACGUGUCAGAGGUGCACAGGCAGGUGGGGGGUGGGUACCAGUGCCAGUACAGUGUGCUGUUGGGACAUGAGUGGGCACACUCUGAACGCAGCGCUGCCAUAACACUACCCUGCCCUACAGGAUCAAGUUUUUGUAGCGUCCCACCCACAGGUUACAUCCCACCAUCCAAAGGUGAUCGAGUGGAUCUAGCUCUGAUUAUUGGAUCCGUCUCUGCUGCUCUGCUGUUCAUGCUGGUGGUUGUAAUAGUAGGCAUCGCUGUACACAAACACGUUAAAGCUGCAGCAGUGAAAAGGAGGCAGAGAGAGCAGGACACGCUCUGGCAGCAGGUUCACUCCAGAGACCACAUCGUAGAUCUCACACUACAGAGAAUUAACUUCAGCCCUUCGGAUAACUUUGCAGAAGGAAAUGGAAGAAUUUCAGUCUCAGAGCCCAUCUACGACUGUCCGUUUUCUACAUUUACCAGCCCUUUUUAUAAAUGAGUCUACUAGUGUGUAUGAAUGAUGAGAAUGGCCAAUCCAUGGAUAGGACCAUUACAGGUGUAGGUGGGGCAUGCAGAUGGCCUGACUGAUCAGAGGCGUGAGAAUAUUUGGUUUGCACUGAACCUGACACUCAGGUAAACACGCCUCUCUUACAUAAUACAGCAACUCAUUUAUACUCCCAUAAACAGAUAAAUACACAGCAAAAUGUGUACUUUUUCAGUUUCAGGUGCUUAUUAGACAGUGUUAACUAAAAGCGUACAUUUGCAUUUGUUUAAUUGCACAGAAUUUUAGAAAUGGCUGGAAUCUCCAAGCUCCACCCAUAAACAUAGUUUCUCAAUAGACUGUUACUCAGUUGGACAAACUUCAUACCACCUCUAAAUGUUUCACUCUAAAUGUAGGUAAUGUGAUAAACACUGAGGUGGAGCUACAGUCUCUCAUUAUGCUGAAUAUAUAAUAAUACUAUUCUAAAUGUAGGUAUUAAAGUAUACACUGAGGUGGAGUUCUUUAAAACUUGUCUUACUUAUAAACAGCUUGGACAGUUUAGUUAAAAUUCAGUGGGCAUAUAAUGUAUUUGAAAAUGUAUGUGGAAUAAAGUUUGAUCUAUGAAUAACACAAGUUAAAAAGUAUUCAUAUCUCUCUUUUGCUCUCUCUGUCUGGAGCUUGCACUGGUCAUAUAUGGACUUAUGCAUUACUGUAUAAUGUAUGUUUACAAUUACCUAAAUGUUGUGUCAUGUUUAUAAUGUCUUUUUAAAUAAAUUAUGUUU